CCGACCUGACUGACAGACAACAACAGUCCAAACCAAAACUCACACUGUCAACUUCCACUGGAAAACAGAGGGAGAAGUUGCAGAAGUUGGAAUAACCCAGUGAGGAUCUGUUUUUGAAGAAGGGGGGGAAUAUGAAACGCUUGGAUCUGCUCCUGCUGACAUGUUGCCUAUGCUGCCUGGGCACAUUGGGAGGCGCCUCGGAGAUGGAGCAGGUUCUGAUAAAGAAGAUCUUCACCAACUACAACCUCAAGGUCCGGCCAGCACCCACCCCAGAAGAGAGGGUGGUGGUCCGCGUGGGUAUGAUCCUGUCCUCCUUCGUUGGACUGAAUAUGAAGAAUGAAGAGAUGAGCACGGUUGUUGUCAUGAACCUGGAAUGGACAGAUCAUCGGUUGUCCUGGAAACCCAAAGAGCAUGAUGGGAUUGAGGUGUUGCGUAUCCCCUCUGCGAGGGUUUGGCUGCCUGACAUCGUCCUCAUCAACAAUAAUGACGGCGUGUUUGAUGUGGCCUUGCACGUCCACGUCCAGGCUUACAGUAACGGCAGAGUAACCUGGACCCCUCCUGCACUGUACUGCAGCUCCUGUGGAGUUGAGGUGACAUUGUUCCCUUUCGACUGGCAGAACUGCACGAUGCAGUUCCGCUCUUACACGUAUGACUCGACGGAGAUUGACUUGCAAUACGCGCUGGACUCAAAGGGCAAAGAGAUACGGGAGAUCCUACUGGACGAGAGCUACAGUGAGGGUGGCGAGUGGCACAUCAAGCACAAGCCGGCAAGGAAGGUGGUGAGUGACGACAUGUACGAGGACAUGGUCUUCUACCUGAUCAUCGAGAGGAAGCCUCUGUACUACGUCCUGAACAUCAUCCUCCCCUGCAUCCUCAUCACCAUCAUCGCCAUCUUUAACUUCUACCUGCCACCUGAUGCAGGUGAAAAGAUGGGUCUGUCCAUCAACGUGCUGCUGACCCUCACUGUCUUCCUGCUGCUGCUGGCUGAUAAGAUCCCUGAGACGUCCCUGGGCGUCCCCAUCAUCGUCAACUACAUCAUGUUCACCAUGAUCCUCGUCACCUUCUCCGUAAUCCUCGGUGUGGUCGUCCUCAACCUGCAUCACCGCUCCCCCAACACCCACCUGAUGCCCAUGUGGGUCCGAAGGAUCUUCAUCCACAUGCUUCCUCCUUACCUUUGCAUGCUGCGUCCCAAAGUGGAGACCCCCCUUUGUCUGGAGACCCUGCCCCGCCGAGAGAAACCCAAGGUCGCCAUCAGCAAAGUGGCCGAUGAAUACUUCAUCCGCAAACCAGACUCAUCCAUCUUGUUCCCUAAGCCCCACAGGUUUCAGCCCGAGGGCAUGUACACGGACCUGAGAAAAUUUAUCAACGGCCCCAGUACCUAUCUUUCAUUACCAGAUGAGCUGAAGUCAGCCAUAGAAGCCAUCACAUAUAUCGCAGAGGCUCUACAGGCUGAGAAAGACUAUGAGGCUCUGAAGGAGGACUGGCAGUAUGUGGCUAUGGUGGUGGACCGCAUGUUUCUCUGGCUCUUUGUCAUCUUCACCACUGUGGGAACCUUGGCCAUCUUCUCCGACGCCAAAUUCAACAUCACGCCCACUGACCCUUUUCAAGUUCACCUGAAUCAUUAGAACUUUUGAGUUUCUUCAACAAUCUUCCUCUUGAUGUAGGAGACAUUGUUUUAUUGCUAGUAAUUCUCUCUGUGUAGUUCACCACAGGCCCAUUGUGCCCUGUGCACCUCACAUUGCCUAUUUAGCUUCUAGGGUGUUUGCCAAACGACCUCAAGAUGUUUCUCAUGUUCAUUUGAAUGUAGCAUAGACGGUGCAGAUGAAUAUUGGUAACAUUCUGAAAUCGUGUCAGACUGUUAUCUUGUAUACAAAACCAAUAGAGGGUAGAAAAUUGCUGUGUCUCAAAUUGGAAACUUCAGUCUGUACAUAUACGUGUAGCACACGUGUACACAGUAUAUUCUCUUUGUAACGACCUCAGACACGAAUGCUGGUGGACUCAAAUACACGACUAAGGCAGGUAGUGAAUACAACAAAAAGGUCUAUUUUUAGGUCAAAAAGGUGCAUAAACGAAAGGCGCUCUCAAGGAGGAUCAACAAGUAACAAAACCAAACACUAGCAAAACCAUGAAUCAAACAAAAGAUAGUAAACAUGAAGCACACAAACUUGACUUGGCAGUGACACACAUAAGGACAGAACAAGACCAACUGGCACAGGACAAAGGGAGACGAGGGCUAUUUAUACAUGAGGAAGGAGGAAACAGGUGAAACCAAUCAGGGGCGGGGAAGACGAUCACCAAGGCGGGAAAAAUCACACAAAGGGAGGAAGUCAGGGUCUGAAAUGAGAGGGAAAAGGUGAGUGCCAAAAU